AUGUCGCCAUGUACACACGAGUGCAUAUUCAAUGCGGCCAAGGCAUUAAAUGGCACAGAGUUGAAUGUGGAGAAUACAACCAAGAUGCUGAAUAACCUUUUGGACACCUCACAGGAACACAUUAAUGCCUAUGUGCAAUCGAUGAAGAAUUGUUCGGAUAACGCAGAGAGGCUGAUGAAGCGAAUGAAAAAGAAAGUAUUUGGCUCAGAGGGCUGUUCAAUGCUCCCCAUUUUCAUUGGCGUUUGCUCUGGGCACAAUCUAUUUGCCCAUUGCCCUGAUGACAGUUGGCACAGCAGCAAAGUGUGCGAGGAGGGCCGCGACUUUAUUCUUAAUUGCAAAUGUGAUAAGAACAAGAGUGUGUGUGUCCAGUUUUAA